GCGGGGGCUACGAGCUCAGCGGCCGGGAGGAGCCCGAGCCUCUGGGGGGCGGGCAGGCGGACCAGGGGAUGGCGGGGGGACAGGCUCCCGCCGCUGCUGCUGCUGCUGCUGCUGGCCCCGCCGCCGUCGCGGCUGUUACCGUUCGCAUCCCGCUCCGGUUUGGCCGCCGCUGAGAAACACAAUACUGCACACGGAGCCAGGGAGGCAUGCCGGAGUCCGGCUUUGGGCAGAAUGAGUUUAAAAGACGCUGGCGGUGCUGUUUGCCAGGAGAAAGCAGCCUACCAUCUCCAUAUUUACCCUCAGCUGACUACAGAAAGUGCGGCUUUCUGCAGAGUAACAGCCACUAAAGAUACCACCACUUCAGAUGUCAUCAAGGAUGUGAUAACAAACUUAAACUUAGAUGUCACCAAGUGUUAUGUUCUUGUGGAAGUAAAAGAAACAGGAGGUGAAGAAUGGGUACUUGAUGCAAAUGAUUCACCUGUGCACCGAGUAUUACUCUGGCCUCGGAGGGCCCAAGAUGAGCAUCCUCAAAAGGAUGGAUAUUAUUUUCUUUUGCAAGAGAGAAACACAGAUGGGACCAUAAAAUAUGUAAACAUUCAGCUUAUCUCUAAAGCAAAGGAAGCUCGAAGUUUGGUUGAAAGGGGAUUUCUUCCCUGGCAACAAGAAGACUUUGAUGAUCUUUGUAAUCUUCCUAAUUUAACAGAAACAAAUCUGUUGAAGAAUUUGAAGAAUCGUUUUUUACAACAGAAAAUAUAUACUUAUGCAGGGAGUAUCCUUGUUGCAAUUAAUCCCUUUAAAUUCCUACCCAUUUACAACCCUAAAUAUGUCAAGAUGUAUGAGAAUCAGCAACUUGGAAAAUUGGAGCCCCAUAUCUUUGCCAUUGCGGAUGUGGCUUAUUAUACCAUGCUCAAGAAACAUAUCAACCAAUGCAUAGUUAUUUCAGGUGAAAGUGGGUCUGGGAAAACACAAAGUACAAACUUUUUAAUUCAUUGUCUGACUGCAUUGAGUCAGAAAGGGUACGCGAGUGGAGUAGAAAGGACGAUUCUGGGUGCUGGCCCUGUAUUAGAGGCAUUUGGAAAUGCCAAAACAGCCCACAACAACAAUUCAAGCCGUUUUGGGAAAUUCAUUCAAGUCAACUAUUUGGAGAAUGGCAUUGUCCGAGGGGCUGUUGUUGAAAAAUAUCUGCUUGAAAAGUCUCGCCUGGUCUCUCAAGAAAAGGAUGAAAGAAACUACCAUGUAUUCUAUUAUUUGUUACUUGGAGUCAGUGAGGAAGAGCGUAAAGAAUUUAAGCUCAAACAACCUGAAGACUACUUCUACCUCAACCAGCAUAACUUGAAGAUUGAAGAUGGAGAAGAUCUGAAACAUGACUUUGAAAGAUUGAAACAGGCCAUGGAAAUGGUUGGCUUUCUUCCAGCAACCAAGAAACAGAUUUUUUCAGUUCUAUCAGCUAUCUUAUACCUGGGUAAUGUCAUCUAUAAAAAGAGAGCUACAGGUCGUGAUGAAGGCUUGGAAGUGGGGCCUCCAGAGGUACUAGACACACUCUCCCAACUUCUGAAGGUAAAACGAGAAAUUUUAGUGGAAGUUCUGACCAAGAGAAAAACUGUGACAGUCAAUGACAAACUUAUUCUUCCCUACAGUCUCAGUGAGGCAAUAACAGCUCGUGACUCAAUGGCAAAAUCAUUGUAUAGUGCUCUCUUUGAUUGGAUUGUUCUCCGUAUCAAUCAUGCUCUCCUUAAUAAAAAGGACAUGGAAGAAUCAGUUGCAUGUUUAUCCAUUGGGGUGCUGGACAUCUUUGGCUUUGAAGACUUUGAGAGAAACAGUUUUGAACAGUUCUGCAUAAAUUAUGCAAAUGAACAACUUCAGUAUUACUUCAAUCAACACAUUUUCAAACUAGAACAGGAAGAAUAUCAGAGUGAAGGAAUCACUUGGCACAAUAUUGACUAUACAGAUAAUGUAGGGUGUAUUCACUUGAUCAGCAAGAAACCCACUGGCCUUUUCUAUCUGCUAGAUGAAGAAAGCAAUUUUCCACAUGCUACCAGUCAGACCUUGCUGGCGAAAUUCAAACAGCAACAUGAAGAAAACAGAUUCUUUGUUGGGACCCCAGUGAUGGAGCCUGCAUUUAUCAUCCAACAUUUUGCAGGGAAAGUUAAAUAUCAGAUAAAGGAUUUUCGAGAGAAGAACAUGGAUUACAUGAGACCCGACAUCGUGGCUUUGCUCAGAAGUAGUGAGAGUGACUACAUUCGGGAAUUAAUUGGGAUGGAUCCUGUGGCUGUAUUCCGCUGGGCCAUUCUCCGAGCGGCCAUUCGAGCCAUGGCUGUUUUCCGAGAGGCAGGACGACUUCGUGCUGAGAGGGCUGAGAGAGCUUCAGCAGGUGUGGCAUCCCCUUCAAUCAGAACUCCCUCAGGAGAGUUACAGAAAACCAAUACUCCAUCAGAAAAAGUUUAUCGCCGUUCAAUGCUUGAUUUCUCAUUUGAUUGCUCUGAGGAAUUCGAUAUUAACGCUUUUGAGGACAUCAUUGCUUUUUAUGAAAGCAAGAAGGAUUUGCAUGACCAAAUCAUCAAGACUAUAAAAGAACUGCCCUGGCAGGGUGAAGACCCUCGUAGGCUUCUUCAAUCUCUCACUCGGCUUCAGCAGCCCCGGGCCCACUUCCUGAAAAGUAAAGGUAUCAAACAAAAGCAGAUCAUUCCAAAGAAUUUGUUGGAUUCCAAGUCUUUGAAGCUUAUUGUCAGUAUGACCCUCCACGACCGCACCACUAAGUCCCUUCUGCAUUUGCAUAAAAAGAAAAAGCCUCCUAGCAUCAGUGCCCAGUUCCAGGCCUCCCUUAAUAAGUUGUUGGAGACUUUGAGUAAAGCUGAGCCAUUCUUCAUUCGAUGCAUUCGUUCUAAUGCUGAGAAGAAAGAGCUCUGCUUUGAUGAAGAACUGGUUUUGCAGCAGUUAAGGUACACUGGAAUGUUAGAAACUGUACGAAUCCGGAGAUCAGGUUACAGCGCCAAGUAUACCUUUCAGGAUUUCACCGAUCAGUUCCAAGUAUUACUACCCAAAAAUGCUAAACCUUCAAAGGACAUGAUAUUUGCUCUGCUAGAGAAGAUGGGCAUGGACAAGAAAAACUACCAAAUAGGAAAAACUAAGGUAUUCAUGAAGGAAACUGAGAGACAGAUUUUACAGGAGACACUUCACAAAGAAGUAAUUCGGAAAAUCAUCCUUCUUCAAAGCUGGACACGAAUGGUCUUAGAAAGAAGACAUUUCCUCCAAGUGAAGCAAGCAGCCAUCACCAUUCAGGCAUUUUGGCGUUCUUACCGAGUUAGGAGGACUCUAGCGAAAGCUGAGGCAGCCGUUUAUAUUCAGGCAAUUUGGAGAGGAUACCAGCUGCGGAAGGCCUUCCAGAGGCUAAGGCGGAGUACUCUUCUCCUGCAGACUGCAGGCAGAGGAUACCUACAGAGACAACGCUUUGGCCAGAUGAUUUUAGAAAAGAAGACUGAGGAAAAGAAAAGGGAAAUACAGCAGGCAAUGGAGAAAGAAAAAGAAGAAACUGGAUCUCCCAAGGCAGAGAACAGGGAGCCAGUGCCCAAGGAGGAAACGGUCACAUCAGAGACAGAACUGACUUCAGUUUCUGUCCCCGAUCAUCAGCUGCAUGAAACACGCACAACAGAAGAUGAAAAACAUAAUUUACAGAGAGAAAAAGGAAACCAGAAUACUGAGAAGACUCUUCCUUCCCAGAAAAAUCUCAUAGAAAGUCAUGAAAAGAGCACAAGUAGCCGAGAAAAGCGUGAAUCACGACGGCAAAGGGGUCUUGAACAUGUAAAACUACAGAAUAAACACAUACUAUCCUGCAAGGAAGACGGCAGUAUCAGAGAGCCUCCAGGAAAGACAGUGCAGGAACAAAAUGAAUAUUGGCAAGAAGCUAUUUUUCAAAGUAAAAAAGAAGAGAAAGUCCUUUCAGAUAUAAAUUCUCUUGAUGAAACAAUGGGCAAGGAAAAUUUACCGAGGAAAAAAUCAACAGAAUUAAAGCAGGAAUUUUCAAGUAAUCAGGCCAUCGAGUCUAAAAAAAUGGAAGAAAACCAGAAGCUGCAACAAAAAGGAAGUCAGAGUUACAGUAAUCUUGAAAGGCCAUCUACUCUUCCCCUAAACAACAAGGUUACCAAAGGUGCCACUGAGCCACCCCAAGAUAAACACAGGCCAAGCAUUGGCCAGAAAAUAAAUGAAGGUCCAGAGAGUCCUCCCGCUUCCCAGAUCCAGAGAUACCGAGAAGCCGAUUGUGAGCGAUUGGCUGUUAUGGUAGAGUCUUGGAGAGGAAAGAAAAUGAUAACUGCCAGCAGCACGAUGCUGAGCCAGUCCCUGGACCUGAGUGAGAAAUACAGGACUGUUGGGUCACCCCUGACACCAGGAGAAGAACGAGGAUUUUCUUUAUCAUUGAGUGAUGUUGAUAAACUAGUUCCUUCAUCUACCAAGAAUCAGGUGUCUGCAGAAGUGGUAGAUGGCAGCAAGUUCUCCAAGAAGCAGAACACCCUGAGGAAGAAGCCAGGGGAGCAGUCUGCCCACAGUGACGGCCUAUCCCCAAGCCAGCCGGCCGACUCUAAAUCCACAUUUAAGUGGCUUUUCAUGCCUAAAAAUAAAGAUAAGAAGUACAACUUAGAGGGAACAGAAGAAAUGGAGACUGCCACACCUGUCCCUGCGAUGUUGGAAGCCGUAGCUUCAAAAAGAAGUUCAGAAACAUCAUCAGGACAUCAGAACCGCCCCCACACAGCAGAGCGAGACCGACCUGUGAAGGAGCUAGGCAGCAAAACGAAGAAGAAUCGAAACAUUAAAAUUGGUAAAAUCACCACAGUGUCUGAGAAAUGGAGAGAGUCUGUAUUCCGGAAAAUAACAAAUGCCAAUGAACUGAAAUACCUUGACGAGUUCCUUUUGAACAAGAUAAAUGAUUUGCGCUCUCAGAAGACUCCCAUCGAAAGUUUAUUUAUUGAAGCCACAGAAAAGUUUAGAAGCAAUAUCAAGACUAUGUAUUCUGCUCCAAAUGGAAAAAUUCAUGUUGGCUAUAAGGAUCUGAUGGAGAACUACCAGAUUGUAGUAAACAACCUGGCAAUGGAAAAAGGGGAAAAGGACACAAAUCUGGUCCUGAAUCUAUUCCAGUCCCUUCUUGAUGAGUUCACUAGAGGAUACACAAAAAAUGAUUUUGAACUACCAAAGCAAAGCAAAUCUCAGAAGAAAAAGCGAAAGCAAGAUCGUGCAAUUCAGGAGCACAAUGGUCAUGUGUUUGCAAGCUACCAAGUGAGCAUCCCCCAGUCUUGUGAACACUGCCUAUCCUACAUCUGGCCCAUGGAUAAAGCACUUCUUUGCAAUGUUUGCAAGAUGACCUGCCACAAGAAAUGUGUACACAAAAUUCAGACUUGUUGUUCCUCUUUUGGAAGGAAGAGUGAACCUGGAGCAGAGACGCGGCACUUUGGGGUGUCCGUGAGCAACCUGACCAACGACAAGAUUUCCGUGCCCGUGGUCCUGGAGAAGCUACUGGAACAUGUGGAGAUGCACGGCUUAUACACCGAAGGAAUUUAUCGGAAGUCAGGGGCGGCCAAUCGAAUGCGAGAACUCAAACAGUCCCUGCAAACAGAUCCUAAUUCAGUGAAACUGGAGAAUUACCCCAUUCAUGCCAUCACUGGGGUUCUGAAGCUGUGGCUGAGAGAGCUGCCAGAACCUCUCAUGACAUUUGCUCAGUACAAUGACUUUCUCCGAGCCGUGGAGCUACCAGAGAAGCAGGAGCAGCUCGCUGCCAUCUACGCUGUCCUAGAGCAUCUUCCCCAGGCCAAUCACAACACCCUGGAGCGGCUCAUCUUCCAUCUUGUCAAAGUGGCUCUAAUCGAGGAAGUGAACAGGAUGUCACCCAGUGCUCUGGCGAUCGUCUUUGCCCCUUGCCUGCUGCGCUGUCCUGACCACUCAGAUCCCCUCACUAGUAUGAAGGACGUCUUGAAAACCACCACGUGUGUAGAGAUGUUAAUCAAGGAACAAAUGAGAAAGUACAAGAUAAAAAUGGAAGAAAUUAACCAGCUGGAAGCAGCAGAGACCAUAGCUUUUCGAAGAUUGUCACUUCUCCGGCAAAACACACUGUGGCCUCUAAAACUGGGGUUUUCUUCUCCCUAUGAGGGGGUGAUGAGCAAAAACCCCAAGUCUAAGCUUAGUGAUGGCAGUUUAGACGGACUAGGUGUCCUGCAAGAGGAGCAAGCUGAAGGAGAUGAUGACCGGGAGAAGGAAAUUCUGAUUGAACGUAUCCAGUCAAUAAAGGAAGAAAAGGAAGACAUAACUUACCGAUUACCCGAAUUAGAUCAGCGAGGCUCAGAUGAGGAAAACCUGGAUUCAGAGACCUCAGUAAGCACCGAGAGCCUUUUGGAAGACAGAGCAGGGCGGGUGGACACGGAAGGAAUGGUUACAUUCGCAUUUCCUUGCCACAGUACGCCUACUUCUAGAACAUCCAGCAUUUCAGUUCCUUUGAUGUCCUCAAACCCUUAUCCAGGCCCUUCUCAGAUGAGACAAAGACCAUCUUCAAUGACAGUUAGAAUUAAAAUUCCUCGGAGGACUCCAAUAAUGCCGACAUCUAAUAUCAAGCUCCCAUAUGGCAUGUCAACCCACCUCCAGAGGCGGACUUCAUCUUUGAAGGAGACUGAGGUCCCAGUGAAACGCAGGGAGCAGCCAGCCCGGCGAACGGAUCAGAUUCAGUCUGUGUACAUCACAGCAGGGGAUGACCCAGCCCAAGCUCAGGAACCUUUGAAUGACUAUGACCUGGCAACUGCAGCCAAGCGGAGACACUCUGACCCUCCGGUUUACCCUUUUGUUCCCCAGGCGAACAAAUCUGAUGGCUGAAGUUGGACCCAAAGUGGACUGGUCCAAGUCGUAACUUCCCUGCAGCUGAUGAUAAGCCCUCUGAGAUUGUUCUGGCCUGUCAUUUUCUUGGGGAGCAUGUACUUACGUAUGUGUACUCCUAAGUGAGACGGGAUCGAUUAGGACACUGCCUUGGUCUUCCAGAAAGUGCCCUUGUGGGACUUAGGUAGUAGUGCUCCAAAAUCAAUUCUUUGCUCUUGGAGAACUUAUUAAAUUAAAAUCUUUAUAGGUAUUAAAUCAUGAAAUUACCUUUGCAGAUGAGCCUGCUAUUUGCAAGCUAUACUUGGUGCUGUGUCAGCUCCUUUGCCUUUUGUAUUUGCUCACUGUGGGUUAUCCAGUAGGACCAAAAGGGAAAACAGGCCCCUUUGCCAAUGUUUCCCAAAUCUACUCUUUUGUAUGUUUUUAUGGUAAUUAUUUCUUGGUAUGCAGUUUACAGAAUUUUAAAAAUACAACAGCCUUAAGGGAAGACCAAAUUAUAUAUAUUAUAUAUAUAUAUAUAUAUAUAUAUAUAUAAACUUUUAUAUUAAUGCUGUGCAGCUUUCCUUUAAUAUGUGCUUAAGUUAAUGAAGAGCUGGGGCCAUUAAUUUGACAAUAGCAUACAUUACAAAAUUCCUAUUCAAGUUGGUGAAGAAUACAUCAUUCCGAGAACCCAAAAGCAAAAGUCUUUUCACUUGGAAAUAUGGAAAGAACCUUUACAUUGUGUCUUCACUGAUCCCAUAAAAGUACUUUGGGGGACAGUAUGAGGAAAUGUUUGACUGUCUGAGGUAGAUCAUGGAUAAGUCCUUUUAGGGAAGCAGGUGAAUUCUCAUCUCCCUGCAUUCGUCUUACAGGCCCCACAGAGACUGGGAUCGAGGAUAUGACAUGGUCGCACUUGUGAUGUUCUCUUCACUGCCACAGAGUCUGUGCCAUGGGAGUGAGGGAGUGAAGUUCUGUGUGCCAGGGACCCAUUACCAUAAAGAGAAGAGAGAUUGUUCUUAAGCGACCUGUGGUUAACAGGUAGCCUUUGCUGCCUCGUUUGGUCUCCUUUGUAUUUUCUUGGUGAUUGACUGGAAAUCAGAUGAGACAGACCUGCAACGAGGACAAACUACAGGAUGGAAAAAAAUAGAAAACCGGGGAUUUUGCUUUCAGCAAACAAAAUGGGGGGGGGGGGGGGGGGGGGGAAGGUAAGGCAGUGAGCCUCAGGUCUUAUCAAAGAAAGCAGCAGAGGACAUCUUCCCUCUAUCCCUUUUCUCCUCUUUCCCACAGUGGAAGAAAAACUUCAGUUCCAUGCUGCCCAGCUCCAAAAUGAAGUCAAAAUGGCCACGGGCCAGGGCAGGACCUCAGCUCUUUUUCUUUGUGUCCUUAAUAAUAAAGCUGCGACAUUCCUGAACGUUCAUUGGAGCAGAGGUAUCCGAUGCCCUGCCUGUGCUUUGGUCUUUUUCCAAGCUGCCUGUUCUCUCCCUGGUACCUCUGCAGCCAGUGUGCUGGGACCUGGUGAUGCUGCCCUUAUGUCAAAUAGAAAAGUGCCUGCACAACUGACUUGCAAUAAAUGAUGACUUACUUGUU